UUGGAUUUCUCAGGAUGGCUGAAAAGUCUGGAUGUGGUGAAUUACAGCAAUUAGUUCAAGAAGAAGAAUGUGAAGAGCCAUUGAGUCAACGUGGAGAAGCUACACCACCUUCAACACCAGCAAGAUCUCAUCAUCCAAGUAAAAAUGAUACACAUAGUUCUCAUAUAUCGCAACAAGUAUUAUGGGAAACUAAUGUACAAACAUCACCAAUUGUUAGUAAAGGAAGUUCUGGUCAAGCAACAAGUCAAGGAUCUAUGGUUUCUGGACGUGCUGUAAAUACUUCCAAUCAUGGUAACCAGUCACGUUUAAUGUACAUGAAUGAGAAAGAAAAACAAAGACCAAAUCGACCAGAACUAUCAAAGAUAAAUCGUCAACAUAGAGCUACGGCACCAUGCAAACAUCAUUGCUUUUUGUCAGAGGUUCCUGAUGUACGGCGUAUGGAACAAGCUUUGUUACAACUCUUAGAAGAUUUUCAUAGUGGUAAUUUACGAGCAUUUGGAAAAGAUUGUAGCAUGGAACAAAUGACUGAAAUAAGAGAACAACAAGAGCAAUUAGCUAAACUUCAUUUUGAGUUAGGUCAAAGGCAAGGAAUUGGUGGAGAACAAUCAGGUCUUCGACAUUCAAAUGCUAAUAUGGAUAAUUUGUUGGAAUGUCUUCAAGAACUCAGUGUUUGUAUUGAAAAAUUACAUAGCAAGUAACUAUAAAAUAUUUAUGAGAUAUAUGUAUAUAUCUGUAUAUAUAUUAUAUAUAUAUAUAUAUAAAUUUCAUUUAUUUCAUUUAUUAUAUAUAUAUAUAUAUAUAAAUUUCAUUUAUUUAAACAAGAUAUUUGAAUAGAGAAAUAGGCAUGAAU